UGCUGAGCUCUCUGAUUGGACGGAACCGCUCUCAAAUACCAGAGAGGGAGCGGAGGACGGGACACCUUCACCUGGACCUCCAUCCUCAGAGAUGACUCCCGUCUGCUCCGCUCCGCUGCUGCUCCUCCUGGUCUCCUCCGCCUGGUCAUUCACGCUCCUGCCGGAGGAAGCGGCUCCUCGUCGGGCUCGCUUCUCCUCCAACAGCCCCACGGACGUGGCCCGGUGUCUGAGCGAUGCCGUGGCAGUGGGCUGUGGCUUCUUCUCCUGCCUGGAGAACUCCACCUGCGACACUGACGGAAUGCACGAGAUCUGCGAGCUCUUCCUGCAGACAGCCGCCAUCUUUAACACAGAGGGCAAGACCUUUGUGAAGAAGAGCCUCCAGUGCAUCACUCAGGGCGUCUCCGCCAAGGUCUUCCAGACUAUCCGUCGCUGCAACAUCUUCCAGAGGAUGAUCGCGGAGGUGGAGGAAGAAUGCUUCACCUCGCUGGACAUCUGCACCGUGGCUCGCACCAACCCUGACGCCAUUGGACAGGUGGUGCAAGUCCCCGCCCACUUCCCCAACAGGUACUACAGCACGCUGCUGCAGGUCCUGCAGUCCUGUGACGACCAGACGGUGGCGUCGGUGCGCACCGGCCUCAUCUCCCGGCUGGGACCCGACAUGGAGACCUUCCUGCAGCUGGUCCAGAACAAACCCUGUCCCGCCGGCACCGGUUCCAGCGCCUUCGACAAUCCGGCCAGCUGGAGGAACAUGCCCGUGUUCAACGUGCAGCCUGGCUUCCGAGGUCGCGACCCCACGCACCUGUUUGCCAAGAGGUCGGUGGACGAGAACGAAGGAGACAGCCAGCAGUAGAGCUUGUGCUAGUGUCGGCCAUAUU